CUCACAUUGGUAUCGAACACAAUUCAAGAUGACAUACAGAUCCCUAGACAAGAAAAAUGCCAUUGUCACUGGUGGCUCACGCGGCAUCGGCAAAGGCAUCGCCCUCGAACUCGCAAAACGCGGCGCCAACAUCCUCAUCACAUACAACAGCUCGGACACCCAAGCCGAAGAAGUCGUGACCGAGCUCAAGAAGCACGACGUGGAUGCAAUCGCCAUCCAAGGACGAGCAGACGACCCCACUGCACCAAAAACGAUAGCAAAAGCAGCAUUUGACAGAUGGGGCUGUAUAGACAUCAUCAUCAACAAUGCUGGAGCACGCGAAGACUACGCUUUCGAAGAAAUGACGUACGAAGCAUUCGAAAGGCAGGUAACAAUUAACCUACGAUUCCCACUUUUCCUCGUCAAAGAGGCAACGCCGUUAUUCGGCAAGUCUCCCAGAAUCGUGAAUCUAUCCACAAUUUGUGCUCGGGACGGCCAACCAGGCUGUCUAGCGUACGUGGCAUGCAAAGGUGGCAUGGAAAGCGCGACACGGUCUCUCGCAAAGGAACUGGGCCAUAAAUACAAUGCUACAGUCAAUUGUGUCAAUCCUGGUCCGGUGAAUACUGAUUUGUGGGAAUCGAGUAUGAAGGACCCGGAAUUGCAGAGUACUUGGGGUGAGGCUGUCAAGGCUACACCGGCUGCUCCGCGGGUUGCAGAGGUGGAUGAUAUUGCUCAGAUUAUUGCCUUUUUAUCAGAGGAAGGAAGUCGAUGGACCACGGGGAGUGUUGUGAAUGCAAAUGGAGGGCUGUUGUUUGUAUAAACGCUGGGGGUAAAUGAAGCCUGUAG